CCCCAAUUGCCCCUCCUCCUCCUCCUCUUUAGGAUGGAUUUCAAAACCGUUGAGGAUGGCAACCCCAUCGAACCGAAGCAGGCCACGGCUUCGGUGGAGGAACAUGCCCUAGUCAAACCUAGCGGUUUCUUCGCCCGCAUCCGCUACUAUGAAGAGCUGUUGGAUCGGAAGAUGGGCGUCGAGUCCCACAGUCUCGACCGAGUCUUGCCCGAAGAUCGCAAACCGCCCAACACCCUCGCCAUGGCCUUCAUCUGGGCCUCGGCCACUAUGAACCUCAGUUGUUUCAGUACGGGCUUUAUGGGGAAGGAGUUUGGCUUGACCUUAGGGCAGACGAUCGCCAUUAUGAUAUGCGCGACGUUUCUGGGCGCUGCUCUCACGGGUUGGUGUGCCACAAUGGGCCCCGGCACUGGCCUUCGCCAGGUCGCCAUCUCUAGAUACUCCUUUGGCUUCUACCCUUCGUCCAUCAUCGCGGCGCUGAAUGUCGUCGAACAGCUGGGUUGGGCCUCUGUCAGUUGCAUCACCGGUGGUCAAGCUCUUCGCGCUGUUUCGGACAAUCACAUCUCCAUGGUCGUGGGUGUUGUCAUCGUUGCAUGCGUCAGUCUGUGUUUCAGCUUUUUCGGUCUCAAGGCUGUCAUGACGAUUGAGCAAUAUAUCUGGAUGGUUUCCUUUGUCGUGUUCAUCAUCGUCUAUGGUGAAGCGGCUCACCAUGCCAGCCUUUCAGAUCCCGGGACUGUGUCCGGGUUGACCAAGUCUGGAAACGUUCUGAGCCUGAUCAGCGUUAUCUACGGCUCCAGUGCUUCGUGGUGCUCGAUCGUGUCUGACUUCUAUGUGCACUACCCGGUCAACACCUCCAAGGUCAAGGUCUUCAUCUACACCACCCUGGGUAUCUCACUCCCCACUUGUGUCGGAAUGUUGCUCGGUGCGUGCAUUGCAUCUGCUCUGGAUGGGAACCCAGAAUGGGCUGCUGCCUAUGACGAAGGAACCGGAGAGAUUUUGCAGACCAUCAUCUAUCCCCGCAAAUUUGCUAAAUUCCUCUUGGUGCUUUUGGUGCUGUGUGGUAUCGGUAUGAACUGCAUUGCCAUCUACGCCGGAUCACUCUCUGCGCAACUAUUCGCCAAGCCGUUCCAGAAGAUCCCUCGAAUCAUCUGGACGCUCCUCGUUUUCGCCUGCAUUCUUGUCAUUGGUAUCGCAGGCCGGGACCACCUGCUGACUGUCCUGGAUAACUUCCUCUCCCUUUUGGGUUACUGGAACACCUCCUUCUUUGUCAUUCUGUUCUGCGAACAUUACUUUUUCCGCAACGGCAACCUGGCCAACUAUGACCUCGACGCCUGGAACACGCCGUCGAAACUGCCCGUCGGGUACGCCGGUCUCACGGCGUUCCUGUGCGGUGCGGCCGGAUGGAUCGUCGGCAUGGACGAAACAUAUUAUGUUGGAGCGCUGGCGCGCAAGAUCGGUACGGAUGGUGGAGACAUUGCCAACGAGCUGGCAUUUGUUUUCACCAGCCUAUCGUAUAUCCCCUUGCGGAAGUUGGAGUUGAAGUACGUUGGACGGUAGAUUGGCAUCACCCACAGAGUACAGAGUACAAACUAUGUAUACUAUAAUCGUAUUUAUCAUGACGAUGAACGGCAGGCACGAUAUCUAUGCAGUGAGAUCGCUUAACGCACGAUAAUAAAAC